AUGGCUUGGAGCGCGCUGCCCGCACUGGCCCUCGUGGCCAUGGUGGUCAUGGUCACGCCCGGCGCCAAUGCCGGUAAGAUCAAGCGAGAUGACAUUAUCUACCGCAUUCUCAACGUCCACAACAAGGAACGGUGCAACGUGGAGCCUCCGGCUCGGGACAUGACAACAAUGAAGUGGGACCCCGAUCUUGCCUGGACGGCCAACAAGGUGGCGAAGAAGUGUGUUUUUGAGCACUCGGAAUUCGAGUACCGUGCCAAGAAGUACAAGAAGCGAACGGGAGAAGACGCCCUCAUUGGUGAGUCGCUGGCGUUGGGAAACCUCGGCGGCAUCAACCGCAAGAAAUAUGCCAAGAUCUUCUCCAAGGCUUGGGCGGAUGAAAAGGAAGAUUGGGACUUUCACGCUCUGACUAUGGACGACUUUGCCCCCGACUCGCCCCAAGUUGGCCAUUACACUCAGAUGAUUGAUGCAGACUCGGAGUAUGUUGGCUGUGCUUUCAAAAGUUGCGACAACAAUCAGCGCCUUUUCGUCUGCCACUACCGCACCGCAGGCAAUGUUCUGGGCCAGACGCCGUAUGAGCCCUGCGAAGACGACGAAGAUUGUGCCAACCCAGCCUGUGACUUUGGCAACUAA